CGCUCCCGCCCGCUCCGCCGGCCGCUGCUCGCUCGCUUGCUGGCUCGGCGGCGCUCUGAGGUGUGUGGGGCGUCGAGCCCCCGGGCCCGGUGAGGCGCGGCGCGGCGGGAUGCGCCGGCGGCCGUGGCGGGGUCCCGGGCCGGGCGGGCGGGCGCGGUGAUGAGCGUCGGCGGCCGCCGCCAUGUCCAAGGUAACGGCGCCCGGGCCCGGGCCGCCGGUGGCGGCGGCGGGCGGGAAGGAGAAGCGCUCCUUCAGCAAGCGGCUGUUCCGGAGCGGCCGCGCGGGCGGCGGCGGCGCGGGGGGCCCCGGGCCGGCCGCGCCCUCCUCGCCCUCCUCGGCGCGUUCCGUGGGCAGCUUCAUGAGCCGCGUCCUCAAGACGCUGUCCACGCUCUCGCACCUCAGCUCCGAGGGCGCCGCCCCGGACCGCGGCGGCCUCCGCAGCUGCUUCCCGCCCGGGCCGGCCGCCGCGCCCACGCCGCCGCCCUGCCCGCCGCCGCCCGCCUCGCCCGCGCCGCCCGCCUGCGCCGCCGAGCCGGUGCCGGGAGUGGCGGGGCUCCGCAACCACGGCAACACGUGCUUCAUGAACGCCACGCUGCAGUGCCUCAGCAACACCGAGCUCUUCGCCGAGUACCUGGCGCUGGGCCAGUACCGGGCGGGGCGGCCGGAGCCCUCGCCUGACCCCGAGCAGCCUGCGGGACGCGGCGCGCAGGGCCAGGGCGAGGUCACCGAGCAGCUGGCGCACCUGGUGCGGGCGCUCUGGACCCUGGAGUACACCCCGCAGCACAGCCGCGACUUCAAGAGUAUUGUGUCAAAGAAUGCACUGCAGUAUCGGGGAAAUUCCCAGCAUGAUGCCCAGGAGUUUCUGCUGUGGCUUUUGGACCGAGUUCAUGAAGACCUCAAUCAUGCUGUAAAGCAGAGUGGCCAGCCUCCUCUGAAGCCUCCGUCGGAGACUGAUGUCAUGCCUGAGGGACCAUCUUUUCCUGCGUGUAGCACUUUUGUACAAGAACUUUUUCAAGCCCAGUACAGAUCUUCUUUGACAUGUCCUCAUUGUCAGAAGCAGAGCAACACUUUUGAUCCUUUCCUCUGCAUUUCUUUGCCAAUUCCUCUACCCCACACAAGGCCUCUCUAUGUCACUGUAGUGUAUCAAGGGAAAUGUUCUCACUGCAUGAGGAUUGGUGUGGCUGUGCCUCUGUCUGGGACUGUUGCCAGACUUCGGGAAGCAGUGUCUAUGGAAACAAAGAUCCCCACUGAUCAGAUUGUGUUGACAGAAAUGUACUAUGAUGGGUUCCAUCGUUCCUUUUGUGAUACAGAUGACCUGGAGACAGUCCAUGAAAGUGACUGCAUUUUUGCCUUUGAGACUCCAGAAAUAUUUCGGCCUGAAGGAAUUCUCAGUCAAAGAGGAAUUCACUUAAACAACAAUCUAAAUCAUUUGAAGUUUGGCUUGGAUCAUCAUAGACUGUCUUCCUCUACACACACAGCAGCAAAGCAAGGGAAAAUGGAUUUGCCCACCACAAGAGCAGGCAGCGACAAGAUCGUUCUGUUGGUGUGUAACCGAGCCUGCACUGGGCAGCAAGGGAAGAGAUUUGGACUGCCUUUUGUGCUGCACUUAGAGAAGACGAUAGCAUGGGACCUUCUGCAGAAGGAAAUCUUGGAGAAGAUGAAGUAUUUCCUGAGGCCUACUGUUUGCAUUCAGGUGUGUCCAUUCAGUUUGCGUGUGGUCAGUGUUGUGGGAAUUACAUACCUGCUGCCCCAGGAGGAGCAGCCCCUGUGCCACCCAACAGUAGAAAGGGCAUUAAAAUCUUGUGGACCAGGUGGCACUGCUCAUGUGAAGUUAGUGGUAGAAUGGGACAAGGAGACAAAAGACUUCUUGUUUGUCAAUACUGAAGAUGAGUAUAUCCCAGAUGCAGAAAGUGUCCGCCUGCAGAGGGAGCGACACCAUCAACCUCAGACCUGCACUUUAUCCCAGUGUUUCCAACUCUACACCAAAGAGGAACGACUUGCCCCAGAUGACGCCUGGCGCUGCCCACACUGCAAGCAGCUGCAGCAGGGGAGCAUCACGUUAAGCCUGUGGACUCUGCCUGACGUGCUCAUCAUACACCUCAAGAGAUUUCGACAGGAAGGAGACAGGCGUAUGAAACUUCAGAACAUGGUCAAGUUCCCCUUGACUGGCCUGGACAUGACUCCUCAUGUGGUUAAGAGAAGCCAGAGCAGCUGGAGUUUGCCAUCCCAUUGGUCCCCGUGGAGGCGGCCCUAUGGACUCGGGAGGGACCCUGAGGACUACAUCUAUGACCUGUAUGCUGUGUGCAAUCAUCAUGGCACCAUGCAAGGGGGGCACUACACAGCGUACUGCAAGAACUCCGUGGAUGGUCUCUGGUACUGCUUCGAUGACAGUGAUGUGCAGCAGCUGUCGGAAGACGAGGUGUGCACGCAGACGGCCUACAUCCUCUUCUACCAGAGGCGGACAGCCAUCCCGUCAUGGUCGGCUAACAGCUCAGUAGCUGGCUCCACAAGUUCUUCCCUUUGCGAGCACUGGGUAAGCCGGCUUCCAGGGAGCAAGCAAGCCAGUGUGACCUCUGCGGCCUCCUCCAGACGCACCUCCCUGGCCUCGCUCUCUGAGUCUGUGGAGAUGACCGGGGAAAGGAGUGAAGAUGAUGGUGGCUUUUCAACUCGGCCGUUUGUGAGGAGUGUCCAGCGUCAGAGUUUGUCAUCCAGAUCAUCUGUUACCAGCCCCUUGGCUGUUAAUGAAAAUUGCAUGAGACCUUCUUGGUCCCUGUCUGCAAAGCUGCAGAUGCGCUCCAAUUCUCCUUCCCGCUUCUCAGGGGACUCUCCAAUUCACAGCUCUGCCUCCACCCUGGAGAAGAUUGGGGAGGCAGUGGAUGACAAGGUCUCCAUCUCUUGCUUUGGCAGCUUGAGGAACCUUUCCAGCAGUUAUCAGGAAGCAAGUGAUAGUCACAGUCGACGAGAGCACAAGGCUGUGGGCCGAGCCCCACUGGCUGUCAUGGAGGGUGUUUUCAGAGACGAGUCAGACACCCGCAGAUUGAACUCCAGUGUCGUAGAUACACAGAGCAAAAACUUAGCACAAGGGGAUCGCUUACCACCAGUCUCUGAUGCAUUUGAUAACAAUAACCAGAUUGCUUACGUGGAUCAGAGCGAUUCUGUGGACAGCUCUCCAGUCAAAGAAGUGAAACCCCCAAGCCACCCAGGCUCACUCACAAAGAAACCAGAGAGCACAACCAAGAGAUCCCCUAGCUCCAAAGGCACUUCUGAGCCAGAUAAAAGCUUGCGGAAGGGGAGAGCAGCCUUGGCAAGCCAAGAAUCAUCUCUUUCAAGUACAUCCCCUUCUUCUCCUGUUCCCGUGAAAGUUUCUCUAAAGCCUUCCCGCUCUCGAAGCAAAGCAGAUUCUUCCAGGGCUAGUGGAAGGCAUUCAUCCCCUGCUCCUGCCCAACCCAAAAAGGAGUCUUCCCCCAAGUCCCAUGAUUCCCUCUCAUCCUCCUCCCCACAGAAGCAGAAGUCUGCUUCUGCCCUUGCUCACACUGCUUCCUCUACAUCUGCCAAAAAAGCCUCGGGCUCCUCCACCAGGGGCCCCUUCCCUCCUGGGAAGGGCAGGACUUCAGACCGGACCUUGAGUAGGGAGGGCUCCAGACAAAGCCUGGGGUCCGACAGGGCCAGCGUCACCUCCACCUCCAAACCCAGCUCCCCUCGGGUAAGCCAGACCAGAGCUGGGGAGGGCAGAGGUGAUGGCAGACACGUGCGGAGCUCCUCCAUGGCCAGCCUGCGCUCCCCCAGCACGAGCGUGCGCUCUGGUCUGAAGAGGGACAGCAAGUCUGAGGACAAGGGGCUGUCCUUCUUCAAGUCAGCCUUGAGACAGAAGGAAACACGGCGGUCAACGGAUCUUGGCAAGACAACCUUGCUGUCUAAAAAGGCUGGUGGGAGCUCUGUCAGGUUGGUCAGUAAGAAUGCCGUGGAUGAGAAGGCCGAGAAAGGCUACCAGCCUCCAGGCCCCCAGCAACCAAAUGCAAAUGCAGUUGGAAAGGAACAGCUUGUCUCCAAGGACCCUGCCUCCACCAAACAUUCCCUGCUGUCUGCUCGAAAAUCCAAGUCUUCCCAGCUGGAUUCCGGACUUCCCUCAUCUCCCAGCGGCAAGCAGCCUGCUGAGAAAGCCUCCAAAAAGUUACCUUCUAGCAUGCAAACCUCUGCACGGCCUUCGCAGAAACCUCAGUGAUGUUUCUGCAGCCUAAGUGUUCUAUCUGUAAAGAUGUUUAUUUAUUUAGCACCCCUCCUCUCCCACCAAAGCCCUCUAUGCUUUUUUGUUACUUUUUGGGUCACGUGCCUGAUUGUGUGUGCGUGUGUGCGUGAGUGUGUGUAUGUAUGCAAGGAGAAGUCAAUUGUAAAUUGUUAAAAGCGUCGCCUUAUUCUGCCAUUGAACCAAAUAACAGCCAUAGGCAAAGCAUUGAUACCAGGCUAACUGGAGUAAUUAUAGACAAUACCCUGGACAGUCCCUUUAGCAAUUAUAUAUAUUUCUUUUUAGAGAACUCUAAUGACUUUCAGUGGACAUUAGGGUCUUGAAACCUGUGAACCAGUUAAGCUAUCAUUAGUGUGUGGAAGGGUGAGUUAUUUGACUUGGGUUUCAUCUGAGUAGGAUUUGUCCACACUGCGGAUUGUCGAGUGGCACCAGGAGUGCUAAAAACUGUGACAAUAACACAUGAAGCAAACCGAGGGAAAAACUGUUGCUUUCUGCACUUGCGCCCCAUCUACCAGUCUCUGUAAAGGGCAAUAUUUUAACACUAAUGUUUCUCAGGUAUCUAUACUCAGCUAGUCUAGGAUGGAUGUGCAUUAGUAAAUGGAUUAAAGAGGAAGGUGAUGCGUGGGUGACUGUCAUUUCUCCUAUUGUCACAGAGACAUGGUAGAGAUAGAAACAAAGUCUUUCACUACCUUCAUCUCUGCAGAAAUGUGCAUACCCUCAUCUGUCUUAACUCUUGGGAUAUGUCCUAAGAGGUAGCAAAUUGGAUAGCCAGGAACCAGUCACGAAUUAAAAUUUUUUUUCCUUCUACAUUUGCUGGCUAAGGCCAUUUGGAUUUUGAACUGUAACAGAGCAGUUAACACCUUUGAAAGAUUUCCUGGAAAAAAAAAAAAAUGGAUUCUAAACUGGAGGCUUGAGUCAGUACCAUUCUCCUUCUCUGGUAUUGCUUUUUUCUGUUAGAAGCUGAAGGCUCCGUGCUGCCCCUGCCUGCAUGCUUUUGCUGCCUCAUCUCGUAGCUUGGAAAGGAAAGAAGUCACUUCCUGCCAAGAGUCAGUGAUGGUUUAAUCACGUGCCCAGAACUCACAAGCAGAAUUUGGAGUGUGUUCCAUCUGGCAAUUGCACUGGGGCUGUAUCAGAGACUGCCCUCCACCUCACCUUUAAUAAAGAUAAACCCCCUAGAGAAUGCAGAAGCACAAGGAAACCCUCUCCUGCCUUUUGUAGUCUAUCAUCCUAAAAGCAGCCUAACUGAACGUAAGUCAUAGCAGUGGACUUGGUAGUGUUUGUGGUGUGCUAAAAUGCUGAAAUUGCCUGGGAGGCUGCCUAAACUCUUUUGUAAUCCUUCUUCCAUCAUCCAUUCAUUCUGCAAACGUUCGCUUAGGGCCUGUUUGUGUUUAAAGACAUGCUGAAAGCGUCAGGAGUCUGCUGUAGCUAAAGAGCCCUGCCAGCACAGUGCAUGAGGCAGGGAAUGCCGGCGAUGCUAAAUGGAAUGACAACCCUGGUCAACAGAAAGAUCCAGUGGAUUCCGGCCAGGCUGCUAAGGCUCGUGGGCCCCUUGAGCAUGCUUGUUUCUGCCUGGAAACGAAAAGUCCCUUCUUCAUCUCUGCAGACAUCAUGCUCUUAGAUCCACUGGCUCAGGAUGAGCUAUCUCUACUAUUUAGGAAUUGGAAAAUCCAAGUCACCUUUACGUUAGAAUUUGAUCAUCUGUUUGUCUUGAGGUGGAUGUGAGAAUUUUUUUGCUGGGUGGGGAGAAAUUGUCAUCCCUUUAAAUUAACUAUCAUGGAAACAUCAGGAACAGUAGUGGCAGCUUUAGGGCAAGUGGAGCAGAGAACGGUGAACAGAACUCAUUUAUUUCAGAGAAACUUGUUUUUAGAAGUAGAUGGACAUCUGAUGUUACAUUUCAUUCUGACAAAUUACUGAGGAGCUGAAGUUAUGGUUUCCUAUGUAGGUUGUUAUAGGAUACAGAGAUAGUGUUUCUGGGUUGGAGUUUUGAGAUAGUAUGCAAAUCAUAAGCACAGUUUAAAACAUUCUGGAGGCACAUUGAAACUCAUAUUAUUUGGAGUGGAGAAGGGUGAAAUUUGCUGACAAACCAGUGCCUGUUGUAAACAUAAACACAGACGUAGCUGUGAGUGUGCACGCUUUGUCUUUAAUUUCAUUAAUUUCAUUGUUAUUAAACCUGACUACAUUUUUUUUGGAUGGGGGAGCCCAAUGCCUUUAUUUAAUAGAACACUCUGUGUCUCACACUGCCUUUUGAUCAACUCCCAAUUGUUUUUGCAACCGCGUUUUGAGCAUGACCACUCACGAUUCCCCCAGUAAUGGAAAUGGUCUUGCAUGCCCUCCAUCUAACCCAGAAAGCAUGCUCUUACUACCUAUGCAAGCAACCAAUAAAAGAAAAGACUACACUAAAUGUUAAGCUUAAAAAAAGAGGCAACUCUUAGAUUAUGGAUCUCUAUUUUUGAAUUUGCAAUUUUUAAAAUGUGGCUUAAUCAUCAGUGUAGAUGAGCAUGAAUGUGAUCUCUUGGUUUGCUUCGCAUCUAUUUCUCUUUGCCAAUUUUUUUGAUUAUUGGUAAGAUUGUGAGUAAAAUAAUAAGUAUUUUGGAAGCAGGAGUGGAAUUGGAGAUGUUGAACAUACACUGGUGUAUAUACUGUAUUUAGCCUGAAGACUUUCCUAAAGUAUUUUGUUCUAAAAAUAACCUGCCAUUUUCUAUAGAUUUUAAUUUUUUAUAUCUUCUAGGGUUCUAUCGUGGUCACAAGGAAAGAAUGUGGCUUCAAAUAGUGCUAACAAUUUUCAAAUGCUUUUGUAGAGACUUAGAGCUGUUUUGGAAAGCUUUGGAGCUUCCCACCCACUGGUCACAGUAAGAAUAAGGCCUUGGAAUUUAUGAUAGUGUUGUACAGUGGAUUCUGAUCUAGAUCCAUCUCAUGUUCGUUUAAAAGCAGUGUUUCCCAGUUUGGGGGAGAAAGGGGUUCACAGCAGACUUGAGAGCCACUUCUGAAUGACUUAUCUGAGAGUGUGAUAUCAGUGUUCACUAGAAUCAUCUAAGGAACUUUUAAUGCCUGGGACCCCUCCCAAGCUUUUGAUCUAAUUAGCAUAGGGACUGGUCCCAGGAAUUAUUAAAGCUCAUGGGUGUUUCUAAUUUGUAGUUGGAAUUGAGAACCACUGCAAUACCCCAUCCCUUUGCCGAGAACUAUGGCGAUAAUCACUGCCUUACAAAGUCUCAGGAGUGAUUCCAGUUGUUCAGUUGUGUUAAGGAGGAAAACAUCAACCUCUUGUUCAGAAUGCGAAGCCUCUGUGAUUCCAGGCCUGAUUUGGGAGGUGGAUGGCUUGGCAUCUGCCUGCUGGUGGUCUUGGGGUUUGCAUCCUUCCCCAAAAUCUCCACCACCAGAUUCCAUGGUGGGUCAGAAACCCAUUGAGGAGAAGGGAAGUUCCUCCAAGUGAGAACAUUUGGGAGAAGAAAAAUAAAAAAACAAAACAAAACACAAAAACAAAACAAAAAAAAAACAACAACAACCUUUCUAGCCUUGGAAAAAAUC